UGAAAAUUCUUUGGUUAUUUACAACCAGCCUGUUUGGAUUUUCUCCGAGCAAAAUUAUCAGGCGAUAUCAGGCCAAGAAAUCACUUUUUGUGCUCUUUGUCAAAAUGGGAUGUGAUGGUGGAACUAUUCCUAAAAGGCAUGAGUUGGUGAAAGGCCCAAAGAAAGUUGAGAAGGUUGACAAAAAUGCAGCGCUUGCUGCUCGGUGGAAGUAUUGUGCUCUCAGUACGGAGAAACUCCGGCGCCCAAUUGUUACUUGUGAUCUGGGAAGACUUUACAACAAAGAUGCCGUGAUUGAGUUCCUUCUGGAUAAAUCCGCAGAUAGACCCAACAGUGAGGUUGUAUCACACCUUCGUGGCAUUAAGGAUAUAAAGGAGCUGAACCUGACUGACAACCCAGCCUGGGAAGGCGAGAGGAGGAACACCAAAGGGGACCGCUACGAGGACAUGCACUGUGCCAUGUUCAUCUGUCCUGUGGUGGGCCUGGAGAUGAAUGGCAAACAUAGGUUCUGUUUUCUGCGUACCUGUGGUUGUGUGUUUUCCGACCGGGCCCUGAAGGAAGUCAAGACUGAGAUAUGUCACAAGUGUGGCGACCCUUUCAAAGAAGAAGACCUCGUCGUCCUCAACGGGACCAAGGAGGAGGUGGAGAAACUGAGGGAGAUAAUGGAGGAGAAGAGAGCCAAGGCCAAGGCAACAAAGAAAUCAAAGAAGAGCAACUUUUCUGAGACUGUUUCCAAGCCAUCAGAGUCAAAAGAAAAUCCAGACUCCACUGAAACCGUUUUUGCAGAGGGCAAAACUUCAACAGAAAAUGGCGAAGACCGCAGCCAGCCAGCAGUCCCUGGGCCCUCUGGUUCUUCCACCUCCUCCAAGGUGGUCAAACCCUUGGCGGCAUCCGGAAGCUUGGCGGCAUCCGGAAGCUUGGCGGCAUCCGGAAGCUUGGCGGAAUCCGGGAGCAAGAGGUCCAUCCAGUCCAUGGAAGAGAAGUCAGAGACCUACAAAUCUCUCUUCACCAGCCACAGUUCAGCCAAGCGCACCAAAGCCCAGACGUCCAACUGGGUCACCCACACCCCCUACCACUUCUAAAUGACCCCACCAUCCCUUAUAUCACCCCCACACACACACACACUCCACCCCCCCACAACCAGGUGCUCCUGUGUAUUUGCAGUGAGAAACACUUUGAGGUAACCCUUUAUUUAAAGGGUACCUAAAAAUAAAGUCAUUUAUAAUCUAAACUUAAUGCAUUCAUGAGCACAUGCCCGUUUCAUAAAUGCUUAUGUCAACAACGGCAAGUUGAAAUAUGCAGUAAAAGUGCACAUUUCUGUGACAGAGGGAAUAUCAACUUGACACUGCUUAUGAAUGUGUUGUAUGUAGGUGAUGGGGCCCUUAUGGUGGUGUCAUUUUAAUAAAGUGUUACUGAAUUAGA